AUUUUUAAGCUAAGCUUUUGCCCAAAGAGUGUAAUCUGUCUGUUUGGUAACAGAAAUAACUACGAGGUAAUGCCACUCUUCAAUUUACUGGAUUAUUUUCCUGAGGCCAAAGGUGAUGGCCUGAAUGUUACUUGGGCGUAUGAGGUGGACAGCAAAGAAAGAUUAGCUGUCGCUUUGAGAUCGUGUGUGAUGAUGUUGGAAUCUGAUGUUUGUAUGUCAAACAGAAGUCGUUUUCCUGUUCCUGUGAUGGGUCGGUCAUCAGCUACUAAUGGCAACGAUCUUACCUUAGAGGAGUGGUUACAAGAGGUUUUACGUCUCAAUAACAAAGGAAUUAGAUUAAUUUUUCGUUCGACGGAGGUCGUUGAGCCCGCAUGUAGGGUAUUAGCAUGUGUUGCUGACCAGUUGAGGGGACCAUUAGUUUUGGAUGCUGAAAUUCUGUCUGGUCCAGGCAUUACCCUAGCUUCUCCGGUGGACGCCUGGACGUUUCUUACUCUCUGUCGAACUCGAUUCCCUCACUCCACCAUCUCCAUCAGCUGGAUGUUGUACCCGGAGGUCUUGGAAGAAGAGGAGGAUAUCUGUAAUAAACCCGGAUAUUCUCUUGAGAUGGUGGAAAGAAUGGUAGCUUUAGUUAAAGAAUAUAGUCUCAUCCAACCCCUUAUGUUUCCAAUGGAAGCAUCUCACCUCAAGUACUCCAUUCCAGAAGUUCAACGGCUGGUUUUCCAAGUUCCUAACAGCUCUUUGAUGAUCCAGUCCGAGAGGGACGAUUCAGUCAUCGUGGAGGAUUUGGUCCUUUUUCGGAAGUCUUUCGGAGCCAGCCAAACCUUUUACCAUCUUCCUGAAGACGUACUGAAGCAUUUCUACUCCAUGACAUAAAAAGUGGUUGCAACAAUGAAGAAGAAUUGCGAAUAUACCAUUGCGUGGUGUAGGUAGAACUGGACUUAGACAAUUCAUAUAUUUUGAUUACACUCGUGUAAAUUUAGUUUAUGCUUCUUGUUGCAUGUAAAAAAAAUUGUAUAUGAAAACGUUUUGUUCCUAAUAUAUAUAUAUACUUAUAAUAUAGAACUAUCUCCAGUCCAUUGAUCGCCUUAUAUUUUGCUGUAGGAUUAAGUCGCACGUGCAAAUUGUUGCUUUGUACAUAUGUUUUUGCUAAGUAGAUUUAUAUUUUUGUGCUAUAAGAAAUAACAAAACAAAGGAACUAUGAAGUAAAAUGAAAGUAUGCCCAUGUAACAUAGGAUUCUGUAGCCAAAAGAAAACGGUAGUCUGAUUUACUGAUAGCAUAGUGUACCCCAAAAAAACGCCACAGAGAACAACCCCAGUUUUAAAAGUAUAUUUUGCGAUGUAUGAAGU